AGCACAAAACGCACAACUCAACAUAAUAAUAGUUUUAUAACAGAACAACACAUACGCUAUGGACAAAAAACAAAAAAAUGUCAAAAUAUUGGAUACACUAAUCCAAUAUUACAAAAUACAACUGAAUAAAUGCACCAGAUCAUACUUUUUCUCUUUAAAACCACUUUUAACUUGAGUCAUCCCAGUUAUGAUCAUUUUAAAUUCUGUGGGUAAAGUAUUAUAAUAACAGUUAUUAUAAGUAAUAGUAUUAUUGGUAGUUGUCGUAUAUAAGUCUCUGUACUGUGGGAAUAGGUCACUGCAGAGCGUUGUCCACUGCCUUUCUUCUUCGAAAUCUCUGCCAGACUAUUGAAGAAAUGUCUAUUUUUCCAAGGAUUUCCCUGAGGCCUGAAGUCACUGAAUAUCUCCGGAGUGUCUUCUUAAACAAGGAGGUGUUGGCUGCAGUCGGCCAUCAGGAGGCAGAGUGUCGUUUCCAGAAGCUACUCACAUGCCUGUCUCACCCUCCCUCGCACACUUGUGUUCGGGCCAGCACUCAUCUCGCUCCCCUGGAGGAGAUCCGACACAAGUUAGGAGAAGCGCUGCACAAGCAGAUGUGCAGCUCAUCAGCAGAGGACGUCUCCGUUCAGAUUCUUCCUCACCCGCGAAUUCCAGAUGUGCUGCUCCUCCCCGUCGAUGGCCCGAGACCUGUGAGGCAGCUCAGCUCCGAGGUGGUGGUCGGUGCUCAGUGCGGCAGCGCCGUGCUGAGAGGCGCUCACGUCUUCGUCCCGGGGAUCGUCGCCAGCCCCAAGUACAUGAAGGCGGGAGACGCGGUGUCCGUCCUCUCUGACUUGGAGGGUCGGUGCACCCGAGGAGCCACGAGCUUCCAGGGAAACCGAGUGUUUGUGGGGAACGGAGUCGCCCAAAUCGACCGCUCCAGCAUCUUCUGCUCAGCUGAACCGGCCAAAGGAAUAGGUGUUCGGAUGGUGGAGCCACUUUACCGGAGUCCUUCCUUCGAUGGUGUGCUCCCCAACAUGGCCUUCCUCCAGAACCUUCCCUCUGUGGUGGUGGGCCACGUCCUCGGGCCUCGUCCUGGAGAACGGAUCCUGGACAUGUGCGCCGCACCCGGAGGGAAGACCUGCCACAUCGCUGCACUCAUGAGGGAUCAGGGCGAGGUCGUGGCUCUGGAACGGAUCCGAAAUAAGAUCGAUCGAAUCCGUCAAAAUGCCCAAAUGUUGCAUUUGCGUUCAAUCAAAGUUUACUGCUUUAACAGCACGCGCGCUGUGAGCAGCGGCCCGAGGCAGGGAGCCGAAGGACCUCCCUUCCCUCCUGAAAGCUUUGACCGGGUUCUGCUGGACGCCCCCUGUAGCGGACUGGGUCAGAGACCCAUCAUGUCCUGCACCUGGAGCCUCCGGGUGAUCUGCUCCUACCAGCCGCUGCAGCGCAAGUUGUUCCACGCUGCGGUGCGGCUGUUGAAGAGAGGCGGGGUGAUGGUGUACAGCACCUGCACCGUCACGCUGGCGGAGAACGAGGAGCAGAUCGCCUGGGCCCUGGACACCUUCCCCUGCCUCACGCUGCAGCCGCAGGAGCCUCACAUCGGAGCAGAGGGCAUGCUGGGAGCCGGCCUGUCGCCGAAGCAGCUGCGCCUCCUCCAGAGGUUCAGUCCCGAGUUGAGCUGGGACCAGACGGGGACGCCGGGCCCCCCCCUCUCCUGCAGAGCCGACGGGGACACCAUCGGAUUCUUCAUCGCCAAGUUCCUGAAAAACUGAACGCAGGGCACUGUCCCCCCCCCCCCCCCCCGCCUCUCACACGAGACUGCAGACGGGAACAAUGGUGUUUAUGUUACAACACUUUGUGCGCUUUGCCGGGGCCGUGUCGACAAAGACGCUCUCCGUGCCGUUUACAGCAUCGGCCUCUGAGCAGCUGCUCUCUGGAAGUCUGCGGGCCAUAUAGGGACGAGCUUUAUAAACACCGAGGGAGGGGGAGGGGAGAGGGAGGGAAAGGGCACGUGGGGAUGGAGCCUGAAGGAGUUCUGGCAAAUGCAGCGGCGGCCGCUUGCAUCGCCAUAACAACGAUGACGACGCAGCUGCCACGGGGACGGCGGAGUCGCUGGAGCUCAGACGUCAGGAAGUAGCGUGCAGAACGAGGUCACGAGAGGUAUUAACGAUGGAGUGUGUGUGUGUGUGUGUGUGUGUGUAGCAGCGGCGCCUCUCGUGAAGACGUCUUCACGCCGCGCGGAGUCCAACCACCAGGACAUAAUUUCACAAUAAAAUGUCCUCCCCCGA